AUGCCCACUAUUUCGGUCGACAAGGCCGCUCUCUUCAAGGAGUUGGGCCGGGAAUAUACUACAGAGGAGUUUGACGAGUUGUGUUUCGAGUUCGGCAUUGAGCUCGAUGAGGAUACUACAAACCAGGACCGGCCGAUCGUCGAUGGUGUCCAGGAGCCGCCCCAGCUCAAGAUUGAGAUCCCCGCCAACCGAUAUGACCUCCUUUGCUUCGAGGGAAUUGCGUUGAUGCUUAACAUCUUCUUGCAGCGGAAGGCGCUGCCUGAGUACAAGCUGGCUAAGCCUGCGAAUGGGCAAUUGGAGCAAAUUAUCGUGAAGGAGAGCACCACCAAGAUCAGACCCUAUGUCUCAGGUGCUAUUCUCCGAGGUGUGAAAUUCGACAAGGCCCGUUACGCAUCCUUCAUUGCCUUGCAAGACAAGCUUCACCAAAACCUAGCUCGUCAACGAACCCUGGUCUCCAUUGGUACACACGAUCUGGACACUAUCAAAGGACCGUUCACCUACGAUGCCCUCCCUCCCAAGGACAUCAAGUUUGUGCCCCUCAACCAGACCAAGGAAAUGGACGGCAAUGAAUUGAUGGCCUUCUACGAGAAGCAUCAACAACUGAGCAAGUACUUGCACAUUAUCCGCGACUCACCGGUUUACCCUGUCAUUUUCGACUCACAGCGCAUCGUUUGCUCUCUGCCUCCCAUUAUCAACGGCGACCACUCGAAAAUCUCCCUUGACACGACAAAUGUCUUUAUUGAGAUCACUGCGCUGGAUCAAACCAAGCUCGAAAUCGUGAACCGUAUGAUGGUCACUAUGUUCUCCCAGUACACUUCGGAGCCCUUCACUAUCGAGCCGGUUGAGAUUGUGUCAGAACAUAAUGGUCAGACUCGUGUCACUCCUGAUCUCGCUCCCCGUACCACAACAGCUGAGGUCUCGUACAUCAACCAAUGCUGUGGUCUGGAACUCUCCUCUUCCGAGAUCAGUAACCUCCUGACAAAGAUGGCAUACCGAGCUAAGCCUUCCGCGAUGAGCCCUGACACAAUCGACGUCGAGAUCCCGCCUACCCGCGCCGACGUACUUCACCAGUGCGACAUCAUGGAGGAUGUGGCUAUUGCCUAUGGCUUCAACAAUCUCCCUCGAUCUUUCCCCAGCAAGUCGGGAACCGUUGCUCAGCCUCUCCCCAUUAACAAGCUCUCCGACAUUGUUCGCGUCGAAGCGGCGAUGGCUGGCUGGUCCGAGGUUCUGCCGUUGAUUCUUUGCUCGCAUGAUGAAAACUUUGCAUGGCUCAACCGCAAAGACGACGGAAACACUGCUGUCAAGCUUGCCAACCCCAAGACUACCGAAUUCCAGGUUGUUCGCACCAGCUUGCUGCCGGGUUUAUUGAAGACUAUCCGUGAAAACAAGGCCCACAGUGUCCCGAUGAAGAUCUUCGAGGUCAGCGAUGUUGCUUUCAAGGACUUGUCUUUGGAGCGCAAGAGCCGCAACGAGCGCCACUUUGCUGCUGCAUUCUAUGGCAAGAGCAGUGGUUUUGAGGUCGUCCACGGUCUGCUUGACCGCGUCAUGUCCAUGUUGAAGAGUGCCUUCAUUAUCGCCGAGGAGGGUCUCGACAAUGCCGCUAUUAGUGAUUCGCAAUAUUACAUCAAGGAGCUGGACGAUCCCACCUACUUCCCCGGCCACAGCGCCUCCAUCCACUUGCGCGUUGGCGGAAAGGACCACAUGAUUGGUUCUUUCGGCAUUCUUCACCCUACCGUCCUGGGCAAGUAUGAGCUGAAGUAUCCCGUCAGUACCCUCGAGAUCAACAUCGAGCCUUUCCUGUAA